AUGUCUUCCGGCAUCACCGCGUUGCCAGCGGACAUCAAUCCGGCACUUGUUCCAGUCAUUGGAGUCAAACUCCGGUCAUCUCCUUACACUGACAUCGAACUCCAUUUGCACCUCGAAAAGCCCAAUCCCUGGGAUUUACUCGAGGCAUACAAGCAGCCGUACUAUCACAUCAACAAUUCAACGUCCCCAGCAGCGAAACUUGGCCUUUCUCGUCAAGUUCUCGAACUCUUCCGCCUCACAGAGUUGCCGCUCGAGGUCAUCUACUGUAUCGCUGAGAUGCUUCCUCCCGAGUCCGCCGCCUGCUUGGCCCUCGUCAACAAGACAUUCUACGAGAUCUUGGCUCAUCGCUUUCUCAAGCUUGAGACAUAUAGCCGCUGGAGGUUCCUAGUCCUACUUGAGAAGGACAUGAUCUUUCUUGUCGCAUGUGCCGACUGUAUGACGCUUCACAGCCCACUCAUCGCGUGGGAUGAAAACACAGGCAUGUCGUGUCUGAACCAGGAUCUAGAGCGCGGCCUGCCUCAUUCAAUUACCUAUCCCAUUGUGCGCUUAAUUGCCAAGACCCAUCUUCAGAAUCUGAACCACAGCGAGAUCCUGGGCUAUACGAACCAGUAUUUCACGCAUUUCGGCAAGAGCCUGCAGUACAACGACUCAUCUUCCUGCCGGGUGGUCAAAGGCAAUCUCCUCCAACGACGACAGAUAGUCGUGCGGCCUCUCAGAGGCGACACAAUGACCAUGCGCUCCCUAUACAAACUUGGUCGAGUAUUAAAUCCACACUACUUUGAGCCCCUUUGUCACCACAAGGCGUGGUAUCGGGCUACCUCUGUCGAUCUACGAGUUCACGCCGACAAGAUCGCAGACUGCCACAACCAGGCACACCAUAAUACCACUGAGGGUAUGCAUAUCGGAAUGCACAGAGAGUUAUGCUUUAGCAGAAAGGACGCGAUAGAGAUACUUGGAGAGAAGGGUCUGAAGUCCGGGAUGACCAAAACACUUCACCACACACUUUUCGCAAAGGAGGCAAAAGGCAGCGUGGGAAGAAUCCAAGGUUGUAAGAAAUGCUUUACCGACUACUGUGUUACCUUUGUCGACGUCGACGAUGCCGGGCGCUGUGUCGUCUUGACGUCAUGGAAAGACUUGGGUGGUCUUGGUCCGGACGAGAAGGCAAAAUGGGACAGUCACAGGUUCCCCUCACUGCUCGAAGUGCGCCGCCGUGGAGCCCCUGAGAGAGAUCUGGGUCGCUCUAAAGAGUCUCUCGGACAAAUAUUCUGCGCCUGGGAGGACAUGGACCCUGCUACAACCAAUCUGGAAGACCACUUGUACAUCCCGGAGCUGGGUCGACGCCUUGUUCGCGACCUCCAGGAGGCGGCUACUGAUGAGCAUGAAAGCUUCUCGCAAGUUGACGAGGAUAAGACAGAUGAUUCCGAUAAAUCUAACCAGUCUGAUUGGACUGAUGAGGCAGAUGAGGCGGACGAUCAUUAA